AUGGUGAGAUUAUUGGGACAAAAAGAAUCACUGGAACUCUUUAGCUAUCAUGCCUUCAGAAAAGAUAUGCCGCCUAAAAGUCUCAGUCAAUUGUCAGUAAGUAUUAUAGCUUAUACUGGUGGUCUUCCAUUAGCUCUCAAGGUUUUGGGUUCUAGUUUGUUUGGUAAAACUAGUGAGCACUGGAAAGCUAUACUUGAACGACUUGAAAGGGGUCCAGAGUACGAUACACGGGAAGUCAAAAAACUUAUUGAUGGUGAACUAGGGGACGAGACUGUGAUUGCAAUUUUCCUUAAUAUUGUAUUAUUUUUCAUUGGAAAGGAUAAGGACCAGGCUGUGCAUAUAUUCAGAUCUUGUAAUUUCUUUCCAGAAAUUGGAAUACCAAUUCUAGUCGAAAGAUGUCUUCUAACAAUUGACUCCAAUAACAAGUUUCAGAUGCAUAGUUUUACACAAGAGAUCGGAAGGGAACUUGCGAAGAGUAGACAACAUUUAUUGCUGCAAAAUCUACAGGAAGUUUAUGUUAGCCAUCCUGAAAAACUUGUGGAAAUUGAAGGACUAGAGACGGUUUUGUAA